UGUGUGUGUGUGUGUUCAAGGUCUCCAGUUUCAGGCCUUGACGUCCGCCCUCCGGGGAGGAAACGGAACGGAUCUGUAGACGCAGUUCUGCUCUGCCUGCCGGUUCCACAACAGACCGGGGCGAGCCAAUCACGGAAUGACGCUGUGCUGGGUUUCUCUGUCAUAUAUCCAUACGGACAAACCGCAUCGGAAUCUCACGUGUGCAGCCCAGAGGAUUAACAGUGGUGCCACACAACCGGAUAACAGACGGUUAUUAAUAUUGGAGGAGCUGCAUCAACAGAUAAACGUGGCACGGGGCUUUUUGUCCCGGGGCUCAUUGGAGAGGAAUACCCACAGAGCCUUGGAUUAGGAGGGUAUUAGGCUACUUGGUGGAUUCCAUCGGGGCGCCAUGUCAAUCUUGCCCUCUUUCGGCUUUACGCAGGAGCAGGUCGCGUGCGUCUGCGAGGUGCUGCAGCAGGGUGGGAACCUGGAGAGACUCGGACGUUUCCUUUGGUCCCUGCCAGCCUGCGACCACCUCCACAAGAACGAAUCUGUGCUGAAAGCGAAGGCCGUGGUGGCAUUCCACCGGGGAAAUUUCCGUGAGCUCUACAAGAUAUUGGAAAGCCACCAGUACUCCGCGCACAACCACCCGAAGCUGCAGCAGCUGUGGCUGAAGGCUCACUAUGUGGAGGCGGAAAAAUUGCGCGGCCGCCCGCUGGGCGCUGUGGGCAAAUACCGAGUGCGCAGGAAAUUCCCUUUGCCCCGUACGAUUUGGGACGGCGAAGAGACCAGUUACUGCUUUAAAGAGAAGUCUCGGGGUGUGCUGCGUGAAUGGUACACGCACAAUCCCUAUCCAUCUCCAAGGGAGAAGCGGGAGCUGGCGGACGCAACGGGACUGACCACAACACAGGUCAGCAACUGGUUUAAAAACAGGAGGCAAAGAGACCGGGCAGCCGAGGCAAAAGAGAGAGAAAACAGCGAGAACAACGGCGUUGGCGGUAAGCAGAGCCAGCGGUCUCCGCUCGACGGAGUGAAGUCGCUGAUGUCCAGCUCGGAGGAUGAAUACUCUCCGCCGCAGAGUCCCGAGCACAACCCCGUGCUCCUCCUGCAGGGGAACAUCAACACUCCCGUGGCUCCCGCAUACCCAAUGCCCGGCCUCGGUGCGCAGCAUUCGGUGCACAGCAUGCAAGGACAUCCGCAUCAGAUCCAUGAUUCACUGUUGGGAUCUCUAACAUCCAGCCUUGUGGAUUUAGGAUCUUAGGAUUUCCCGUUGACAUUUUUAAGCGACAAGACUUAUAAACAUAACCAAUAUUUACGGCAUUACCGCAUAUUCUUAUGACGCAGAGGACGUUUGCUGAUAUAAACUAUUCUGUUGCAAAUGAUUGAAAAGGGGGAGUUUUAAAAGAGUUUCUCUGAGUUUGGGGAAUUUUGUGUUUACUGGAAAAGUGCAUUAAAUUUGUAAAAACAGCGAGGCCAAUAUUUAAAAGAAUAUUCUCACUAUUGUUGGAUGCAUAAACGUUUAAUAAUUUAUGAUGUUUUAAUUAAAGUUAAUUUAUAGAAAUUGUUCUGUAUUGGACAGUAUUCUAAGAACGGGGAUUUUAAUGAGAAAGACAUUGGCUUUUAAGCAUCUGCAACUAACUAUGGAUGUGAAAAACUGGUUUCUUAAUUUUUUUUUAUUAAAUACAGCCCAAUGUGUAUCGACAACAUUUACUACAGUCUUUUAGUUUUAAAAACAGUGGCUCUCCAACAUCAAGUUUUUUUUAUCACAGGCUAUUGUCCAAAAUCUUCGACACAUCAUCAACACUAUUGUCGUUAAAAGACGACAAUAAAUAAGAACAACGCCCCAAAAUUAAUAAAAAUAUGUUAAUCCACGUGACACUUCCAAGCCGGAAGAGGGCAUGGGCGCGUGAAAAAUGAGAACGCCUGAAACGUCAACAAGAAAAAUUGGCCCUUAAGCAGAGGGGCAGAGAGACGCCAAGGCGCCAGGGUGCGCGCGGGGCCGAGUUUGACUUUUUGACCGUUAUUCAGUCCCAAAAAAAAAAAAAAAAAAAAAAAAAAAAAAAAACCUGGUCAAACACACACGUUCACUUUAUGCCUUAACGUUACGGUUUGAUAGGCUAAACAUUUAUUAAGUUCAUUAUAAUGACCGACUGAUGACAAAAAUGAGAGACAUUUAGAGAAAGGGAUGAAGUAGCCUACUGCUUUCUUUUAGUAAAGAACUUAAAAUUGUUUUUUGUUAGUUCUGGGCCACUGACAAUUGACACUAUCCGCAAAUUCCGCCCUAAAAACCCUACACCCAAAACGCCUCGUCCACCCCAUAGACUGUAAAAAUGAUCCACCCAAACCACUACAAAACAGCGUCGACCCAAUUUAAAACAAUUGUGAACUUUUUCUUCUCCCUUUUUAAUAAAAAAACUAGUCUGCAUACGCUGCCAAACAAUUUUUAACAAAUGGAAAUAACUGAAGAUUUAAAAAAUCUAAUUUGUCGCACAUUUGCUAACAUUUUUAAACAUAGGCCUAGAUGAAAAAUGAAAACAUUUCCAGCUCUGCAUACGAAAACUAAAGUUUCUGGAAUAUUCUGCAGUGCGAUCAGCUCUUUCUGUCUCGCUUACCUCAAUAGUCUCUCUCGUGUCAGUGUAAAUGGUUGUGAACAGAGAGCGCAGAGGGUUUCCGGGCCCUAAUUAGAAACAUUCUCUGGGUUUAGAAGGGCUUGAUUGCAAAAACGAAGGGGACACCCUUCCAACCUCAAGCCACAGGGUGUUGCACAACAGAAAUUUACCGUUGGAGUUCAAUAAAGUCUGUCUGCCUCGUACGAAUUCUUACGAUUUAGCCACCUUUUAAUCACUCAAAUUCGUCGUGAGAUAGCGCUGGUCUGUCUAUCUUAAGAGAUUUGAAAUGAAUCAUUAUUAGGCUAUACCCUUCUACUUCGUACAAAACACAAACACAUGUGAUUUUACAAAAUAUCAUGUUAUGCCUGACCUAAAUUCAGGAACUCAUUGAAUUUUUCCAACAAUGUCCAAUCCAAUGAAAAAUCAGCGUAAUCAACUGUCUAAUAAUUCCCACAAAUUAAUAUUCCUUAUACAUCUGCUUUCCUCUUGUUGUAAGUUUCUAACCAACAAACUGAUAAAUCCAUAAUACAAAAAAUUUGGAUUUCAUUUUUGAAUAGUCAAUUCUGUUUAUUCUUAACCAACUGGUAGACCACAUUUUGGAAUCAGAGAAACGGUUUAAAAACACACUCUUAAAAACAAUAAAGGUUCAAAAGGGGAUUUUCACUUGAAAUGCCAUAAAAUAACAGUAGUGUGAAGAACAUUUUAAUAAUCUGAAGAACCUUAAUGCAAAGGUUUUAAUGCCAUUAACUUUACUUUUAAGAGUGCUAAUCAAACCCACAACCACAUUGUCAUUAUUAAACAUCUUGUUGUUUCAGUCUU